AUGGAUCCCAUUGACGAUGUUGACAAGACUCCGGCGCCGGCAAAAGCCACCUUACCUCAUUCUCUAGACCCAGCAGCCGCCCCUUUCGUGAUGCGGUCGUCUGUUGCGUCUGAGGAUACGCAGUCUGCCCGUAUCGGGUUGCAAACACCAACCCCUUCCCAAGCACACUCAGAUUCACAAGCCAGCGGAUCGUAUCACCGUGAUGUCCGCACGCCGUCGAGUACAACUUCGUCAGGAACAAUAGUGGCCACCCACUUCCUCAACCAGAACGAGGUGUUUUACAGAGCUUUUCAGGGUAUCCGCGAGGACCAAGAGCAGAGCCCCAUGCUCGCGUUGCCAAUUUGGCGAGCCACAAACCUGGAAUGUCUAGAUCUUGGCUUCGCCGCCGGCAUCAUCCGCGACUUUGUCAACACCGAGCGCUCCAACAUCAUCCAGGCGCACAAGCAGAUGCGCGAACUGGGCUGGGACAAGGUCUGUCCAGAGCUGCUCCAGAAGGAACUCUACAACCCCGCAAGCACAAAGGAGGCUUUUGCAAAGCUCUGUCUUCAUAUUCGAUCCCAGGUUUCUGAUGCUGCGGUCAUCAUCCCACUACUGGAAGCGGUCUUCAACGAGUAUACCGACCUGGCCUUCAGCAGCGCAAAAUGCGAAGUCGACAAGGCCUACUGGAGGACUAUUGCUUCGGAAGCACAGCAGGAGGUCGCUGAGAAGCACGAGGUUAUCUCGUCUCUGCAUCAAGAUGCCCUUGUCCACGAGGAGGAACUGAAAGACCAGCAGCAGUACGCUGAGCACGAGAUGCAAGGUCUUCAAGCCUACCAUACGCAGCAGGUUCAAGAUCUCCAGGCGAGGCUUUCGUACCAAGAACUGCAGUUGGCAAACAUGAGACAAGCCGAGCUUGGUCUCUUGGCGGAGAUGAGGGCUCUGCGAGCUGGCAGAGAUCAACAACAACACAAUGCUCGUGCGGGCACGCCCAGCCUUGGUAAUGGGGCAAGGGACCUGCAGGUCCAGGAUCUGCAAUACAGACUGGUGCAUCAGUAUAGGCAGCACAACGCGCUUCUUGAGCAGCGCAUCGAGCGUGAGCAAAGCCAUCGACAAGAGCUUCAGGAGGCUUUCCAGGCGGGUGAGAGAGCCCACGCCGGCCCGUGCCGGAGCUGUGUGCCGCAUCUCGUUGACGAGCACGAGGCUGCUUACGAUGAGGCACCCUCCAACAGUCACGUUGGCCUGCAAUGUAUGUGA